CCUUCUCGUUCCCACAUCCUUCUUCCAACCGCUCUUUCUUGUCGAUCGAAAGACUGUUAUAGCUUUAUCGGCAAUCAAGGCCCCUUCUCGUUCCUACAUCCUUCUCCGAACCAAAAACAAAUGAAAUCUCUGAUCGGGGGUUUCCGCCGGUGGAGAAAAAGGACGGAGGAUGGGUCCUCCGUCUCCUUCCAUUCUCUGAGUGAAGCCACGGUGUGCUUUCUCCGUGCCAACCAGGAUGCUAGCAGAGAGAUUGCUAUGCUCACAGAAGCAACCUUUAAAAACGAUCAGCUUUGUGGGAUUGUGAUGGACUACCUGGAUCUGAGCUACAAAACGCUGAGUUUUCUAUACGACAUGCAAGGCUGUCUGAAGGCAUUUGGGGAUCGCAGCUUUCCACAGACCAAAGUGUCCGUGGACGGAAGAUUAAUCGAUGAUGUCCUUCUCUCCCUUGACAAGGUGAUGGCAGCUCAUGGUUUGAUGUUGAGGAAGCUUGGGCAAUUCAGACUGAGCAAAUCCAAGAGAAUCCAGACGCUGUUGAGACGACGGAAGCUCAUCCACUGUGUUUUUUUGACUGUUUUCGUAGGUGCGGUAGUCUGCUCCAGCAUUGCAGCGGCUGUGCAUGCACCACCGUUGCUGGCUGCACUUCCUGCCGCUGUCGUCACUGCAGCCACCUUUGGUCCACUCACUUCAUGGGUGCAGAACUUCUGGAAGGAGGAAGAGUGCGACAUCAAGGCACGCUUGCAGACGGCGAACGUCCUGAACGUGAGCAGCUCUGUUUUGAUUCGUGAACUGCAGGCUAUCGGAUUCUCGGUGAGGGCUUUGACGGACCAUAAAACAAGAUUGGCAUGCCACAGAGGGUUCAUUUCCAGGAACAAAGGCAACGGAAUUCUUCCUGACAGCUUGAUGGUGGAGAGAUCAGGCAAUUUGGUGCAAAAAAUUGAAGAGUUGGACAAGCAACUGUCAGAAUGUUGUCAAGGAAUCGAAACAGCGAGAAAACAGAUGCUAGAUAGGCUCAAUUCUUGGACUGAACCUGCUGAAAUGGAGGAUGGCUCUGCUAGAAGCGAAACCUGCUGCAGUUGCAUACCCUUUUGGUGUUGCGUGCCGGGGGCCGGCGGAAAGUAAGGAUGCAUGGGCAAGCAGCAAAGUGCCAUUGAUGAUACGUUAGUCUGCCCCCGUGCUGUUUGUUGAUCCUUUCUUUAAGAAGACGGAAGGAAAGAUUAUGAGUCCAGAUGCUACGUAUACAAAUUUACAUGAUAAAAAUUUAGACGCUGAAGUGGC